CAAUCCUUUUAUCCCCCUUCUUCCUCGCAAGCGGCAAUUUUUUGUCUUCAGUUUCUUCAUCCCCACUUGUCAAUUGUCAGCUACCGUUUAAUCCAUUCUUUCGAUCAAUUUUGCAAUUGGGGUUUAUCAAAAUCUUAGUGAAAUGAAGGCAGAAACGCUGACACUUGUGCUGGUGAAUCUAGCUGGAAUUAUGGAAAGAGCCGACGAAUCUUUGUUACCUGGUGUCUAUAAGGAAGUUGGUGAAGCACUACAUGCUGAUCCAACGAGAUUGGGCUCACUCACGCUUUUCCGAUCCAUGGUUCAGUCUCUGUGCUACCCUCUUGCAGCUUACCUUGCUGUUCGACACAAUCGGGCACAUGUAAUCGCAUAUGGUGCUUUUCUUUGGGCUGCCGCCACUUUUCUUGUUGCUUUCUCUUCCACUUUCACGCAGGUGGCAGUAUCAAGAGCUUUAAAUGGGAUAGGCCUUGCCAUUGUUGCACCUGCUAUUCAAUCUCUUGUAGCUGACUCGACUGAUGAUGACAAACGUGGGAUGGCAUUUGGAUGGCUACAGCUUACUAGCAAUAUUGGUUCGAUUAUUGGUGGAUUGUUUUCCUUAAUGAUAGCACCCAUUACUUUUUUGGGAAUUCCUGGCUGGAGGCUGGCAUUUCAUCUAGUUGGGAUCGUCAGCAUUAUCAUUGGUAUUUUGGUUCGCUUAUUUGCAAAUGAUCCUCACUUCCCUGAUGGCCAUCUGAAAGCUACUAAUGAAGGUCCUGGUAAAUCCUUUAAGUCAGAAGUGCAAGGACUCAUUCAAGAAGCCAAAUCGGUAAUAAAUAUUCGAUCCUUCCAGAUUAUUGUAGCUCAGGGUGUUACUGGUUCUUUUCCUUGGUCAGCUUUGUCCUUUGCGCCAAUGUGGUUAGAGCUUACUGGACUUUCCCAUGAGAAGACUGGUGUUCUUAUUGGCUUGUUUGUGGUAGGCAGUUCAAUUGGCGGACUCUUUGGAGGCAGGAUGGGAGACAUGUUAUCCCAGCGUCUACCUAAUUGUGGCAGGAUAAUUCUGGCUCAAAUAAGCUCAGCAUCAGCAAUCCCCCUAACAGCGAUCCUUCUGCUGGCUUUGCCUGAUAAUCCUUCUGCAGCAUUCGUGCAUGGUCUAGUCCUGUUUAUUACAGGGUUCUGCAUAUCUUGGAAUGCUCCGGCGACAAACAAUCCAAUUUUCGCAGAGAUCGUGCCUGAGAAGUCAAGAACCAGUAUAUAUGCUCUGGACCGAUCAUUUGAAUCUGUAUUAUCGUCUUUUGCUCCCCCUGUCGUUGGACUACUGGCUCAGAAUGUUUAUGGUUAUAAACCAGUUACUGAAGGUACUGAAAGUAUUUCCACAGACAGAGAAAAUGCUAAAGCUUUGGCACAAGCGCUUUUCACUUCCAUAGGAACUCCAAUGGCACUAUGUUGUGUUAUUUACUCUUUCCUCUAUUGCACCUAUCCAAGAGAUAAGGCGCGGGCUCAAAUGGAAGCACUGAUAGAAUCAGAGAUGCAAAUCAUUGGCUUGGAUAGUACUUCUCCAGCAACUCAACAAUAUUUACAAGUCAAGUCAUCUGAACCCCAAGAGAACCUUGAAGACAGAAUCAUUGUUGAAAUGGAUUAUGGAGAAGAUGAACUUGAUUUUGACGAUGAUGAUGAGAAGACGUUAGUCAAUCACCAUCCGACAUUUUCUCAACUGGAUCUAUAGUAAGUCAUAAUAUCAAGAAAUGCUUCUAUUUUACAUGGAUGAUCACUCAUCUAAUAUAAACUUAUAUCAGUCGAUCAAUAGUUUAUGGGCGAUAGGUUUUUCCGACAUCAUAGAAAAUUAUCACAAGGAUGAAUAGUUGUAGAGAAACUUAGAUUUCCCUUUUGCUUACAUGUAACAUCUUUUACAGCAUCUUCCCACCUUGAUCAUAACCCCUUUUUUUGUGUUUUAGUAUAGGUUCUUGAGAAUGGAAAUCUCAAGGUUAGUUUGAUAACA